AUGGGUAGUGAGGGGGAUGAGGGGGCGAUUGGUGCCCAACAAGAACUUUUCCUCUUGUUCUCGGUGCUCUCAUGGGCCAUGGAGUUAUACUUCGAUCUUCGGCAGCACAAGAAACUCUGCCAGAAGAAGCUCCCGCAGGAGCUGCAGGGAAUUGUGACAGAGGAGGAAUUCCUGAAGGCGAACGAAUACAGCAGAGACAAGAUCAGCUUCGAGAUGAUGUCGUCGGGGGUCAACAUAACAGCGACCAUCUUUUUCUACCUGAUGGGAGGAUUGUUAUGGAUGUGGGAAGUCUCCCUUAUCCUCAUAAAGCCCUUGGGCUUCUCUGAGCAGAAUGAGAUCUGGCAGUCCGUCUCUUUCUGCAUUGUGCUCUACGCCAAGUCAAUCAUCGAGUCCGCGCCCCUGGAUCUCUAUCAGACCUUCGUGAUCGAGGAGCGACAUGGUUUCAACAAGCAGACUCUCAGCCUUUGGUUCAUGGAUCAAGUCAAGACUUUCUUUCUGGUUGUCGUGCUUCUGUUUCCUGCGGUUGCUGGCGGAAUUCACAUCAUCAUCUGGGGAGGGAAAGACUUUUGGUUUUACAUCUGGAGUUUCUGCCUUGUGCUUGUGCUGGUGUUUCAGACCAUCUAUCCUCAAGUCAUACAGCCCUUGUUCAACACCUUCACACCCUUGAAGGACGGAAGUUUGAAGUCGGCAAUAGAGGAUCUUGCGCGAGCACACAAUUUCCCGCUGAAAAAGCUCUUUGUGGUCGAUGGCUCCACCCGGUCAAGUCACAGCAACGCAUAUUUCUACGGCUUUGGGAACAACAAGCGUGUUGUGCUCUUUGACACUCUCAACCUGUCUCUCCUGGGGAAAGAAGAAAAGAAUGGUCAGGAUGAGACUGGCAAGUCAAAGGAAAGCAAGAGCUCGGGCUGUAAGAUCGAAGAGAUCGUUGCGAUCUUAGGUCACGAACUCGGACACUGGGCAAAGGCGCACAUCUACAAACAGCUCUUCGUCGCCGAGCUCCACCUGCUGAUCUUCUUCUACAUGUUUGGCUACAUGCUCCACAACCAAGGUCCUUGCCUCCUCUGCGCCGCCACUGACCUGACUGCUUCCCCUCAAGAGAUGUACGCCGCCUUCGGGUUUCAGAGCAAGAGGCCUGUCAUCAUUGGCCUGAUUCUCUUCUCCAACAUGGGUUUCCUCCUCCUCCUCCUCCUCCUCCUGUCUUGCUCACGUCUCCACUCAGUCAACCCUGUGGAGCAUUUCGUGCAGUUCUUCCAGCAGUUCGUGACAAGGAUGUUCGAGUUUGAGGCCGACAGGUUUGCCGUAGAGCAGGGACACGGCAAGGAGCUUGCAGCAGCGCUCGUGAAGAUCAGCACGGAGAACAAAUCAAACCUCGACCCGGACCCUCUUUGGAGUGCAUACAACAAUUCGCAUCCUUCGCUCGUGGAGAGGUUAAGGGCGAUGACAGCCCAUGCCUCCGUGCUUGAGGCCAGACAGAAGAAGUCGAACUGA